AUGCGGUGGCCGUUGCUGCUGUUGUUGUGGUUGAUGGAGGUAACGGCACGCGCAAUGCCGCUUCCGAUCACGUUUUCCUCGCGCCUAGUUCACCGGUUCGCUGACGAAAUCAAACCGGUUCGAAUUCCGACCGGCGACUGGCCAGACCGGCGGAGCAUGCGAUACUACCAGGUGCUUCUCGCCGACGACAUUCUCAGACGCAAGAUUAAACUCGGAGACGCUCGCUACCAGCUUCUGUUUCCUUCUCAUGGUAGCAAAACGAUGUCUCUGGGCAACGACUUCCGCUGGUUACAUUACACGUGGAUUGAUAUAGGAACACCGAGUACUUCGUUUCUUGUGGCGUUGGACGCGGGAAGUGAUCUUCUUUGGAUUCCGUGUGAUUGCGAACAGUGUGCUCCAUUGUCAUCGAGUUACUAUUCCAAUCUGGAUAGAGAUCUGAAUGAGUAUAGUCCGUCUCGAUCGUUAUCCAGUAAGCAUCUAUCUUGCAGUCAUCAGUUGUGUGAUAAGGGUUCGAAUUGUAAAAGUUCCCAGCAGCAGUGUCCGUACAUGGUCAGUUACUUGUCAGAGAAUACAUCGAGUUCUGGACUGUUAGUUGAGGACAUAUUGCAUCUUCAGUCGGGUGGCAGUUUAUCAAACUUGUCUGUUCAGGCCCCAGUUGUUCUAGGGUGUGGUAUGAAGCAAAGUGGUGGUUAUUUGAAUGGGGUUGCCCCCGAUGGCCUAUUAGGCUUGGGACCUGGGGAAAGUUCAGUUCCAAGUUUUCUAGCCAAAUCAGGACUAAUUCACAAUUCUUUUUCCUUGUGCUUUAAUGAAGAUGAUUCUGGUAGAAUGUUUUUUGGGGACCAGGGACCAACCAUCCAACAGUCUACUCAAUUCUUGCCUUUGGAUGGAUCAUAUUCAACGUACAUUGUUGGAGUGGAGUCAUGUUGUAUUGGGAAUUCUUGUCUUAAAAUGACAAGUUUUAAAGCACAGGUUGAUAGCGGCACGUCUUUUACGUUUCUUCCUGGCCAUGUUUAUGGAGCAAUAGCCGAGGAGUUUGAUCAACUAGUAAAUGGUUCAAGAUCUAGCUUUGAAGGAUCUCCUUGGGAGUAUUGUUAUGUACCCAGUUCACAAGAGUUGCCAAAGGUUCCCAGCUUAACUCUCAUGUUCCAACAGAAUAACAGUUUUGUGGUCUAUGAUCCCGUUUUUGUAUUCUAUGGCAAUGAGGGAGUCAUUGGAUUUUGUUUAGCCAUACAGCCAACUGAAGGGGAUAUGGGAGCAAUUGGACAGAACUUCAUGACAGGAUACCGUUUGGUAUUUGAUAGGGAAAACAAGAAGCUAGCGUGGUCUCGCUCAAAUUGUCAGGAUCUUAGUCUAGGUAAGAGGAUGCCGCUUUCUCCAAAUGAGACUUCUUCAAAUCCCUUACCUACAGACGAGCAACAAAGAACGAACGGGCAUGCAGUUGCCCCAGCUGUUGCUGGGAGAGCUCCCCACAAACCUUCAGCCGCUUCGUCUCGGAUGAUUUCAUCAUGCCGGGUACAUUGGCACUGCUAUUUGUUUCUUCUAUUUCAACUUGUGUCUGCCUUUUACUGA